AUGCUGCCACACACAAGCAUCGCCGAAUCCGCGCUCACCUCCUUAUCCGCCGCCCACCCCCCCACCGCCCCCAUCUUCAUGCUCAACCUCCUCCGCUACCGCCCGACCGCCGCCUACACUGCGCCAACCGACCUCCCCCAGGUCUCCGGUCACGAAGCCUACCACGCCCGCUACGUCCCCGCGCUGCGCCCGCUCAUGGCCGCGAACGGCAGCGUGCCGAUCUUCCUCGGCAGGGUCUACGCCGCGCUGUGUGGGCCGGCGGAGGGGGAGAGGUGGGACGAGGUCGCGAUUGUGAUGUAUCCGAGUGUGGCGGCGUUUAAGGAGAUGGUUGGGAGUGAGACUUACAAGAAAGAGUGUGAGAUGCAUCGGCGGGCGGCGUUGGAGGAGUGGAGGUUGGUGCCGUGCGAGAGGGUUGAGUUGUAG